UCCAGCCACGGCCCCGCCCCUGCCGCUGGCCACGCCCGCGACGCCGCGAGUCCCUCAGGUGGAACAGGCUGAUUGGCCUCCGGUUGCCAGGGCCUGCCUUUUUGGCUUCCGGCUGCACUUCGCUAGGAGGUGUGAGGUGGCCUAGAUGCUACCUUGGGAGCGAGACCUAGCGGGACGGCCUUCCGACCUCGCUGGACCUUUACAUCGCGGCCUAGGUCCCGAGGAAGAGGGGAUGGAAGACGAAACGCCGCAGCAAUUCAAGCAUAUUCCAAAACGUCGAUUCUUAAGGAACAGUUAUGAAAAACAGCGGUUAUUUUUCAUUAAAAUGCAGACAUACCCGCAACUUCUUCGAAGACCUUUACCUCCAAAACUCCGUAAGGUGUCUGUGUAUAAGAAGCAAUUCCAUUCAGCCAAGACUGGUAAAAUUGGGUCCCUGUAUGUAGAAUUCCCCGAAGAUGAAACUUCAAUUGAAAGUGAAGAAGCAGCUUUUCCUGGUAUUGUUUCAAGCAAAGAUUUACAAACACUAACAGCUGUCAAGAUCCAAAAUAUCUUUAUGGAAAGUCAUGUACAAGAAAGAGUGGCUACUAUUUCCACAGCCCCAAAAUCUACUAAAAAUGUUUCUUGGCACAUUCCAGAUACUGCUACUGGUUCCGUCUUUAUCCCAAGUUGUCAAUCAGCUUCUUCUCGAGUUUUUCGGAAAGAAACAGCCCGAAUGGGAAGUUUAAGAAAGCUCAAAAAAGAGCCACAGCCAGAGGUAAACAAAAGAAAAAUCAUUUACUUCGAAGACAAAUUAGAAGACAUGUAUGACUACCCUUCAGAUUUAUCUAACGUCUUCAGUGCUCGCUGGCCAAUCUUCACUAGCAACUACGAGAAAGUGUAUCCUGAGUUCCAACCUUUACCGAUGACUCCAACCCACAUUUAUGAGCAACCCUUGAGAGAGUUAAGCGCAAUAUACGUAAGCCCUCUACCUAGCACUGUGUCUGGUAGGCCUGAAAGUCUGUGGUCGGAACGUUUCCAGCGAAGUCCCACACAUCUUAGUAAAGUGGUAGUAAGUAUCACUCAGUUUCCAGGUACUGUUCCCUUACCACCACCACCUUUACCACGAAAGCCUCGGAGACAGUCUAUCAUAGAAAAUAUUUCAUUAGAAAAUGAAAAGGUAGAGACUGCCCCAAGACCAUCUGAAGUUCCUGUUACAAUUGAAGAAGAAAAAUCAGAGGUACUUACUUUACAUGGUGAAGGUUUUAAGACUAUUGCAGCAACACGAUAUGAAACAUUGGCAGCUAUGACUGAUUUGGCCAUAAUGAACUGUCAACUAUAUGGAAGAAAUGCACUUAAUCUUAAGGGCUUUUUUCUCUUGAAUUGUCCAGACUUGACAUGUUUGGCCUUCCAAUUGAUAUACCUUAAUUUAUCAUUUAAUGAUCUCUAUCACUUUCCCACAGAAGUAUUCUGCCUUAAAAAUUUACAAGUACUGAAAUUGAGAAAUAAUCCCAUCAAAGAAAUUCCUUCUGAAAUCAAACAACUUAAAUUCCUUAGAAUUUUCUGCAUUUCCUUUAAUUUGAUUAGCAAUCUUCCACAUGGGUUAUUUUCCUUGUUUCAUCUUGAGGAACUUGAUGUUUCCUACAAUGAAUUUACCUUUAUUCCAAACGAAAUCCACAGACUCAGAUCACUUGACAAACUGCAUAUUGAUGGGAAUUAUGUGACUUCUUUACCACCUGGCAUUUUAAGGCUUAACCUGACAAAAAUCCACUUGGAGAAUACUUUCACCCUGCCUUAUUUUUGGACAGAGAAUUCUUUGAAUAGUCCACAACGACUUACUCAAAUUACUGCUUUGUUCAUGCUCGUAAAUAAUAUACACAAAUUAUAUGAAAAGAUUCCAGUGAAAGCUAAACUGUUACUAAAAAGCACAUCCAGGUGUGACUGGUGCCACGGCCCCAUGUUCGGUGAAGGUUUACGGAUCAUCCGUUCCUGUGAUAUUUUUGGAACCUCACAGCUUCCUAUUAUGUUUCAUGUCUGUUCUCCUUCCUGUUAUAGAAGAUUAAAGGAAAGCACCUAUUUUAUCGAAGGUAUUUCUGGGAAAAGAAUAGAACUAAAUGUGGAACCAACAAAAGAAUCAUAAUAUGGUGAUUCACAUUUACACCAUAAAAGUAACAAAAAUUUAGGUAUCAGUAAUUUAUUUCUUUGAUAAUAUAGAUUGUGUGUAAAAGGCAUAAGUGCCUUCUCAUAUGAAUCCCUUUGGCAAUCCUAUCUCCUUUAUGAAAUGUGGUGAUUGUUAAGAAAUUGUUGUAUAACAUAAAAUUUACAAGGAUUCAUAAAAGGCCUUUAGAGCUCAAUGAAGAUCUAAGAAAAUUUAAGUCUCUUUACUAUACAAAGAAAAAAUGUUAGAAUCCUUUGCAGAAGUGGUUAUAUCUUACAACUGGUGCUUUAAUGCAGCAAUGCUAAAUGACAAGAUAGCAUUUCAGAGUUCUUGCUGGGGUUUAUGCCACGUGCCAUGUAUCCAAGUCCAUUUCUGUUAUCUCAUGUCAUGUAUCUAAGUGCAUUUCUGUGGAAUUCUGUCCAGUGCCAACCAUCUCAAUUUUGGAUUGCUUUGAGAAUAAAAGAGUAACUUCAGUC